CAUGUCGUGGAGGCGGAGAUGUGUGUUAUUUUUUGUCGUAUUUUGACGUGAAGUCAUCGUACCGUAAAACUCACAAAUGAGCAAAUUUAUCAGCAGUGUGUGGAGGAAUACCAUGUUAAGAACAUCUUGAAGUAUGCCUCUAUUCAAAAAGAAAUCUGAAAAAAGGCACUCAGCAGCCAAUGCACCACAAGCCAGGCCAACACCCUCGAUUCCUCCCACCAGUAUCCCGUCUACCACUGCAAAGCCACCCCCCUACCCCACCCAGAGGAAACUGGUGCAGACUGGCAUCGGCUUGCCCAAUGGUGGCGCUCUUGCCUCACUCAGGAAUGAACAGCCCACGGAGCAGCAGAGGCGGGAGAGCCUGGGGAAGGAAGCUGGCCUGAGACGGGAGUUCAGCGAUGAGGACAACCAGUAUGGAGACUUGGGAACAGGUACUAAGCAAGUUGUCAACACUGAGCUGGAGACCAAAUCGCGGCUGUGCCGAACCCUCCCGGAGGUGUUGCAUGACAACGGAGCCUUGGCCUACUUCAUCCAGUUCAUGCAGGCCCAGAACGCUGUCCAUCUGGUCCAGUUCUGGCUGGCCACUGAGAGUUUCUCCACGGCCUCCUGGUCCAGGCUGCGCUCGGAAUCCCUCACCAAUGCCAGCAAGAGCAUAGCCGAGCAGAAGCCCCGGGCUGGCUCCAAGACAACUCUCACCGAUAGCCUGCUACCCCAGGCCGACAGCCAAAUGAGCGGCGAAUCCAAUGUCAGUAUUCCUCAUUUGUCCCAACCGAAUGUAACCCAGGAUGGCAUGGCCAACUCGGGCCAGAACAACAAUGACCAAACUGAAAGUAAGGAACCAAGCAGUCAGACAAAUGAGGCAAAUGUUAAAACGCACUCCAGAGCCAAAUCGGACUCGCUUAUUGCCAUUGAGCGAACGAAACCCGAGGCCAGUCCAGCUGAGCUUGGCCACAGAAGAACCAACUCAUGGAAAGGUGUUGAUCCAAGAACAGCUGUCGAGAGGGAUGCAUCCAACAUCUUCACUAGAUAUCUGUGCAAGGAUGCACCUCUGCCCGUUGGAAUUACUGAUGAAAUCAGACUGGACGUUAUUGCCAAAAUGUGUCCACAGGAAGGCUGGCUAAAUCCAGACUGCUUCAAGACAGCACAGAACUUUGUGUUUGAUUCCAUGGAGAUGCACUUUUUCCAGCCAUUCCUAAGGAGCGAGUUCCACUGUAAAUACCAAAUCGACGUACUAACCACAGGCAAGGCCUACCUUGCCGACAUUCUGUAUAAUGACACCGCAACAUUCUACUUCAUGGAGUAUAUGGAACAGGAAGGUGUUGUACACCUGCUACAGUUCUGGUUGGCUGCAGAGAACUUUCAGAAGCACCUGCUGUCCCAGCAGGGUCAGUAUGACAGCGGAGAAGCACAGAGUGACGCCAUGGUGUUAUAUGAUCAAUACUUCUCACUCCAGGCUACAUGUCCGAUUGGCUUUGAUGACAGUAUACGGCUAGAAGUGGAGACUAACAUUUGUCGCGAGGGUGGCCCCCUGCCCGACUGCUUUGCCACGCCCAUGCGCAAGGCCUACACCACGUUAGAAACGGUGUACUUCCCCGGAUUCCUACAAAGCCAGCUGUAUUACAAAUUUCUGUCUGAGCUCAUCAACACCAUCAAGAGUGAGCAUGCCGCCACGUACCCGGGAGACACUUCGGUAGGAGUCGUUGGUGUGGGGGGCACGGGGUCUGAGGACAAGCCCAAGUCGCGCAACACCCUCUUGGCUGAGGGCAACGUCAAGAAGUUAUUUGAGGAGAGCGAGAUGAACAUGGAGAGUCUGGACUCUAAUCCCGAUCUGCUGUGGCAGAGGCCAGACCACGGAAUGAUGACGUUUGGUAAGGUGAACCACCUUGGCCAGUAUGUUGCUGAGUACGAGCCAGACCCAGAGGCCAUGAACAAGAAAUCCUCAAGUUCGAAGUUCUCUUUGAAGAAGCUUGUGAAAGGCGAACAGGAUGCGAGUAAAGAAGAGAUGGCGCUGAAGAUAGCCCAGAUGAUCAUCAAUGAUGUCAACAUGCAGACGGGGUCAUCCACUCCACCCCCUUCCCCAGCAGUGAAGCCCCACCCAGCCCCAGCCAGCAGAGGCUUGUCCCCAGGUCACAGCGUUCCCCUCGGAAGCCCGCGGGUCAAAUUUAACGAGGUCAGCCACCAGUCGUCUUCAUCAUGACGACAGCAAACAGAAUCUUUCCUUGUAUUAGAUCACCAAGGCAAUGCCAUGGUGACAGCGUUGUCACAAAUCACUGGGUUGACCUAAGAAGCGUCACCUAGACACUGGUGGUACUUUCUGUCCAAUCCUUUGUCAAUGUCAGUAAAUUCAAAUGCUUUUGUGUUUUGACUGUGAACAGCACUCGCCAAGAAACCAAGCAAUUGUAAAGAAAUCAGUUAACACACACAUGGCUGGAAACCAGCAGAAACUGCUGGUCAUUUGGAUAUAUGGGUUUUGUAUGGAGAGAAGCUUAUCGAUAAAAGACAGACUCUUAAUAAAAUAAUUCUGGCUACCUUGCAACAGAAUUACACAUGCAAUGCAAGAAAAUUAGUACGGCUUCUUAAGUGGUCACAACAUGUCUUGCUUUUUUCUCUUAUUGAAACAAAACAAAAAACUGAUCUAAGCAACAUUUCAGUGGGUCUUUCUUUCUCAUAAAACCAAAAAAUCAAUAUUUGUUGAUUUCGUGUGCUCAAGGACCCUGAAGAAAACCAUGUUUUCAUGGUUCGCUGCCUUCUUUCCAUGGUAAUUCAAAGCCGAACAGAACCGUUCUAUCAUGGCAGUCCUCAUAAAAGCAGUUUAACAAGAAUUUUAUUAGAAAGAGGUCACUCUUUGCUAGCAAUGGCAGAAUUCAGGGCUAAAGCAAAUUGUGCAGAAGCAAUAGCACACAUAAUAGGAAUGCGCAAGUUGCUUUUGAACUUUUUUGAGAUGGGCAGAUAUGAGUCUAUGUGAUUGGUCAGAAGGAAAAGUCAACUAGAUUACCCUCAGUGGUGCUCUCCAUCCUGAAAUCAUUUUGUGUUUUCUAACAGAAGGUUCACAUCUGCAAUGCAUGGCUGCUUUGUGUAUAAAUAUUUUUCUGAAUGUGUGGAACUCCACAGAGAUGUAGUUCUGGAAAAAGGACACCAUUCCUAUUCGUAUUCUUAAGGCCCAACUCAAUUUUUUUGAUCAUCGGCUUCUAAAAAUAAAACAAGUACAAACAGCUUAUUUUUGGUUGCAGGUAAUUGCAAAGUUAGUAAAACAUCAGUAGGUAUCACGUAGCACAUGCGUCAGUUCAGUUUCCCCUUGCGGGAAUGGAUACACCUAUCAUGUUCCUCAAGCCAGUCUGACCUGUCACUUUGUUGAGCCCAACACAUUAAUAUUCACCCAGCCCCCCCCUCCCCAUUUCACCCCACGUGUGGCACCAAUUAAAACAUUACUUUUUGGCGCUGACCACCUGGGACGUCGCAGAUUAUUGGACAGGAAGUCAUCCCCAUGCCUUUGCCAUUACUGGCCAGCAAUUGAUUUUCCCACCCUUUCCAAAACUUUGCAAAGAGUAUCAACUUUCCCCGUGGCGUCCCUCCCUGGCAGUGUUUGUGCAAUGUAGGAACAAACACGGGAAACUGAAGUCUCCAGUCGAUGGGGGAAAAAAACGAACUCGGAUGGCAGGUGAAUGGCAGUUACCCAACAGUUUGAGUAAGUUUAUCUCACAUCCUGUAAGGGGAGGGAGCAUUAUUGUGCUGAUGACCCUGGGGCGGUGAACCCAGGGGUUUACCCUACAUAAAUAAACUGCUGCCCGUUGGAAAUAGGCGAACCUGGCUUGUGUUUGGUGAAAAUAACCAGAAACGGGCAGUGACUGGUACAGCCCACUCCCGUUCAUUUCCAAUUGUGGCUGCAGAUUGUUCUGCAAUUUUUUAAGCUAACGGGGAGGCAACAACGUAGACAAGGCAGGGGAUUGAACCUCAAGCAAGUCAAGGAAAAUACACAUUUUGUGGAAAUUCCCAACUUCCUUGCCUAUUGUUCUUCAAGAACCAGUUGCUCAUUGGUCGCCUUGUUUGACUUGACUACAAGUGAAGCCUAGAUUCAGUCAGCUCGAUAUUGUCAACAGAAUUCUGGUUUGGAGUAAAUCAGCAGUAAAGGCUAAUUUAUUUUAUUAUCUCAAUAGUGGAGUACCUUUCAAAACUUCUGAAAAACACCAACUGUUUUGAAUAAAUGUUUACACUGCGUACUCGAGUGGAUUGCCAAUGAUGCCACUCAGUUCUGUUGAAAACUCACUUUAAUUCAUUCCUGCUUAGGUUUUUUAAUAUAAAUGGAUUAUAUAUUACUACUUGCCAAAGUAAUUAUUUUGUGAAGUGAUUGUGUAAAUUUUUAUUACAUGUAAACCAAUUUACCUGUCCAUGUCAAGUAUGGUUUGUUGCAAGUCAGUAGAACUAUGGAAUACUUUGGCAGCCAACAUUAUUUAUAGCGUGUCACACGGAUAAAAGUGUUAAAGAAUUCAGUAAAUUUUAGUAAUAAUUUAUAAGUGAGAAGUAUGAGCCCCUGAAAAAUGAUAGGAUUAAAUGUUGCACGCUGCAGGUCAUGUCUUUAAACAUCCCAGCUUCUGGGAUGAAUUAUAUCA